AUGGUUAUACCAGAACACCAACUUGGAGCGGAGCUUCCAAAACCUAUCUUUGCUGUUGAGAAUUAUGUUCGUGAACAAUGCUCUUCGUGCGGCGGGAGGGACAAAAGGAAAGGCUGCGAGCGGGGGGCCAGAUUCAGGGGGCGACUCAGCGAGGCCAACGGGCUCCCGGAACACAGAAGUAUAAAUACCAAGGAGCUGGAAUAUUUGCCACCGCUUUUAACUGCCGAAAGACACUCUUUUCCGAGCGUUAAGGCUUCGAACAACGACACGAGAAAGAGGCUAACUGAAAGGAAAACCCAAGCGCGCGACACGAUGCAGAUUUUUGUGAAGACUUUGACUGGUAAGACGAUCACACUAGAGGUCGAAUCUUCGGACACCAUCGACAACGUUAAGUCGAAGAUUCAGGACAAGGAGGGUAUUCCUCCCGACCAACAGAGACUGAUCUUUGCUGGUAAGCAGCUGGAAGACGGCAGGACGCUCUCUGACUACAACAUCCAGAAGGAGUCCACGCUUCACCUGGUGUUGAGGUUGAGAGGUGGUAUGCAGAUUUUCGUCAAGACCUUGACUGGUAAGACGAUCACACUAGAGGUCGAAUCUUCGGACACCAUCGACAACGUUAAGUCGAAGAUUCAGGACAAGGAGGGUAUUCCUCCCGACCAACAGAGACUGAUCUUUGCUGGUAAGCAGCUGGAAGACGGCAGGACGCUCUCUGACUACAACAUCCAGAAGGAGUCCACGCUUCACCUGGUGUUGAGGUUGAGAGGUGGUAUGCAGAUUUUCGUCAAGACCUUGACUGGUAAGACGAUCACACUAGAGGUCGAAUCUUCGGACACCAUCGACAACGUUAAGUCGAAGAUUCAGGACAAGGAGGGUAUUCCUCCCGACCAACAGAGACUGAUCUUUGCUGGUAAGCAGCUGGAAGACGGCAGGACGCUCUCUGACUACAACAUCCAGAAGGAGUCCACGCUUCACCUGGUGUUGAGGUUGAGAGGUGGUAUGCAGAUUUUCGUCAAGACCUUGACUGGUAAGACGAUCACACUAGAGGUCGAAUCUUCGGACACCAUCGACAACGUUAAGUCGAAGAUUCAGGACAAGGAGGGUAUUCCUCCCGACCAACAGAGACUGAUCUUUGCUGGUAAGCAGCUGGAAGACGGCAGGACACUCUCUGACUACAACAUCCAGAAGGAGUCUACGCUUCACUUGGUGCUGCGUUUACGUGGAGGCUGGUAA